UUAGCUAUCGGGAUAUACACACGUUGUUUAUGUACGUCUGCGAUAUAAACAGUAUUAGUGACACUCUUCCAGCCAUGUCUACGGCUCUUGUCUCUGCAUUUUAUGAUGUUAGGGAAGUUCUCUAUCAGAACAGGAAAAAUGACCAAUUGAAAACACACUGUGUUAUGGAGCGGAGAGCUACAAUUGGCUCAUCUUCAAACCUGACACAGAACAGGAAUUUGUCGACCAACGGAGCUUUCAUCCCUUUGAGUAAACCUCAGAGCAUCCCUGUCACAGGGCACCCUACCACACUGAUCUCAAAUCUGAACAGGGACACUACCCAAGUCAGGGAACAUAGAAAAUUGGACAGGAGUAUGAGUGAACCAGUUGGUGAUAGAAACCUAAACAACCUCAACAGAAACAGAGUGCAGCAACAACAAUCACAGGAACAACCACCUAACAUUAAUUCCAGUCGGUACAAGACUGAAUUAUGUCGACCAUUCGAGGAAAGUGGACAUUGUAAAUACGGUGACAAGUGUCAAUUCGCACAUGGUGGUUUGGAGCUUCGUACUUUAUCUCGUCACCCCAAGUACAAAACGGAAUUAUGUCGUACUUAUCAUACUAUUGGGUUCUGUCCAUACGGACCACGGUGUCAUUUCAUUCACAACGAGGAGGAGAGGAAACUUGCAAUGGCUAUGGAAGCACAGCAGCAGCAACAACAACAGAAUAGCACAGCAUCACAAGCCAUGGUGAGUCGUCAUUCUCCUCCACCCUCUGUGCCUUCACCUCAGCUCAAGAGACCAUCUACUAUCAAUUUCAAUUCUAGUUUCAAUGGAAGUAUGGGAUCUACUGAUUCAAUUUCGACCCCGUCCAGUGCUAGCGAAAGUCCAAGUCUUAGUCCAACUUUGUUUACGGAGGAACUUUUACACGGACUUCAACAUGUGCCUACCCACCACCAUUCUAGUGCCUCGAGCAGUACCUCCAGUAGUCCUGUAUUCAACUAUUCAUCGUCACCGGAGUUCAACUAUCAAUCUCUCAUGACCCCUCUCAAUGUUCAAACACAGGGGAACACGGACAUGAAUAUGCUACAGCAACAAUUCAACGCAAUUUUGAACAUUAGCCAGAAUCAGCAGAACAAUAACCAGUGUGUGUUCACAGAAAUGGACUCGUUCGUUGCUCCCCCUUCUCCUCCGGACAGUAUCUCCGGAGACAGUGUGGGCAGUGUCAGCAGCCUUAGUAGCAAUGCCUCCAGUGGAUUUACGAACACUUGUGGUACUGCCUUAGACAUUAGCAAGUCUCUCCGUCUUCCCAUCUUCAACAGGUUAUCGCAAGAUGACUGAACUUUGUGUUACCUUUUUGUGUUGGAUAACAUUCAAGUGUCAAAAUUUGAAUAUAUGGAGUUUUAUUUUCAAAGCUGAAUUAACUUGAAAUCUCAUCAUUUUUAUGUGCUUAUAAUUUUCAAAUUCCAAGGAGGACAUAACCUUGUUAAAAAUGUGUACGUGUUGAAACAAAAUGUUUAUUACAGCGUUUUGUUUAAUUAUUGUAAACAAGAAAAUGUUUGGGUUUCAAGUUCAGGGUGCUGAAAAAAUAAAUGUUGCAAGUGUGUAUGACAUAGCUGUAUGUUUUGAGAGAGUUUGAAAGUAUUACUUUUUUGUAAUUUUAUACAAAUUUAUUUAUGUACGUGGUGUAAAUUUAUUAAUAUAAAAGUUCCAUUCCUUUGUGAAAGUAUUUAUUUUGUAAAAUUGAGAGCAGCAGGGCCAAUAAUAUUAUCACCUUUCAGGUGGUUAUAUAAUUGAGGCAUUGAUUUUAUUUGCAUUGAGAGAGUUACGUGGUAACUUUCUGUACUUGGGACCCAAAAUACAUAGCAAAAAGCAUUUGCAAUGUAUAAUUCCAUUUCUUAUUCAUUUUAUUCAAAAUUUUGAGUAUAGACUAGAGCGCAAGUUCUAAAUUACUAUUUUAACAAGUGCCUUAUUAAAUUAUUAUUUUAUUGACAACAGACUAAGCAGGUCGGACAUUUUGUGCUACAAAUAAUGUUGAUAUACAGGCAUAUUUUUCCAUCUAUAAAAAAUCCAUUUCUUUUGACAUAGCAAUUUCAUUGAUAAUACCAAUUUAUUUAAUUUUUGUAUCGAGUUAUUUAUUACAACUAAAUCUAUGCAUUUGAUUGUCACAAAAGAUGUGUAUGAAGUUGGGAGAUCCCCUUUUACAAGCUAAGAGGUGGCUGUGUGAGAAAUGUUACAUUUUGUUUAUAUUUCGUUAAAUUAUGAAGACAUCACCAAAGACAUGGUUUACUAUGUAAUUCACAUUUUUCAACUUUCAUGGAAUCCAUAGUGUAUAAUAUUCAUCAUUUUGUAUUUAUGGCAAUUGCCCAAAAUUGUUUGAAUGCAAAUUAAAUUUUCAAUGCUUUAUAA